AUGGUGGAUGCGUUUGGCACGGAUCUUGGCGCAAUCUUGACGCGCGUUUCUAUUUCUGCCGACAGGAUGGCCCCCCUGGUGUCCCUCCCCAUUUCCACUGGCCUGCCUGUCCGCCAUGCGGCCGCAGCCCCGCGCCGCGCGCUGUGCGUGGCGCCGCGCAUGGCCUUCAGGGAUGACAAGCCGAUGGGCGAGGGCAAGAGCAACGGUUACGCCAAGCUGCCCAAGGACGUCGAGUUCUCGCCCAUUCGGGAAUCUCAGGUCAGUCGCGCCAUGACCUCCAGGUACUUCAGUGACCUGGACGAGUUCGCUGAAUGCGACGUCGUGAUAACUGGCGCGGGUCCUGCCGGCCUCGCCUGCGCCUAUGAGCUGACGAAACGCCCCGACAUCAAGGUGGCGCUUAUCGAGCAGAAUGUUGCCCCUGGCGGUGGAGCCUGGCUGGGCGGGCAGCUCUUUUCUGCGAUGGUUGUCCGCAAGCCCGCUCACCAGUUCCUGGACGAGCUGGAGAUCCCCUACGAAGAUGAGGGCAACUAUGUGGUUGUGAAGCAUGCUGCCCUGGCCACUUCAACCCUGCUGUCCAAAGUUCUCCAGGCCCCAAAUGUCAAGCUUUUCAAUGCGACUGCUGUUGAGGAUCUGAUCGUGAAGGAAGACGACACUGGUAGCAAGUACGUUGCUGGCGUUGUCACCAACUGGACAUUGGUGGCCCUCAACCACAGCACACAGUCCUGCAUGGACCCGAACGUUGUGGAGGCAAAGGUCGUAGUGUCUUCCACAGGGCAUGAUGGCCCCAUGGGCGCAUCAGGCGUGAAACGCCUGGAGAGGCUGGGGCUGGUGCCUGCCUGCCCUGGUAUGUACGCCCUCGACAUGAACAGUGCUGAGGACAGGAUCGUCAGCAACACGCGCGAGAUCGUCCCUGGCAUAGUGUUGUGCGGUAUGGAGGUCUCCGAGGUGGACGGGGCGCCACGCAUGGGCCCCACUUUCGGAGCCAUGUUCGUCUCGGGCCAGAAGGCGGCACAGAUCGUCGUGGACAAGCUUGAUGGGCAGGUCGCUGGCGCCAAGAAGGCGCAGGAGAAGGCAAUGGCCGCUUGA